UGUCCCUGCCUGCGGCCUUGAGAAAGGAAAAGGAGAGAGAGAGAAGAGAGAGAGAGAGACAGCGAGGGGUUCUGGUGCAAACCCUAAUCCCUUUCUUCGACCGUCUCCUUGCUCCUUCUCCCUUUUCUCGAAGUCUUCCUCCGGCCUUCCUGCAGUCCUUUUCCCCGGAGAUGCAGCUCCAUCUACGCGAUCUUGCUGCAGAUCACCCGGAUUCGUCCCCCUUCUAGGUUGGAGAUCAGGAUUAAAGAUUCCAGAAAUGUGUAUCGUCGUUCCUGAAGAAUGUGAUUUGGCUGAUUUCAGGGGCAAGAUUGCAUUUUUUGGCGCUACGUAGUGAAAAUUUUCGCUUCUUGGAAGGGGACGUUCGUUUUCAUGCUUUUACAGAUGCAUACUUCGAACAUAACAAUUUGACUGAUAUGUGGAGCAAGAUCAGAUCUUGGUGCCACUAAUUGGGAAAAAGUUGCCUUCUUGAAGUGGUUUAGUUUAAUGCUAAGUCUUAAGAGAAAACUAAACAGUUAUAAUGGGUACUUCUUCGGGUGCAAACCACCAUCAUCACCAACCACCACUACCUAUGCUACCACCACGACAGCAUCCAAGAUCUGCAGGACUGCAGACGUCCCUGUCCCUUGCUUCAUCAGACCCUGCAGCAUCACUUGACACCCAAGAACCAGGAUCAAACUCUGACCAAGGGCAGGACUCACACACUGAGAGCGCCAGCUCUCGUGAGACCUGGCCCAUUGAGACAAACCGUUCUGAUGCCAUUGCAGUAAAUAAAGUAGACAAGGAAAAGGAAGGAGAGAAUGAAGUCGCUGAACUGCAGGUCGUUCGGAGGAUUUCCAAUGCAAACAGGCUGUCACUUCAUGAAGUUGCUCGAGACAGGGUUGAGGUUGUCUCUGAGAAAAUGAAGGUUAUGCCAGAUGAGCUUCUAGAGGAGCUUAAAACUGAACUUCGGGUGAUUCUUGAGGGUACAGGGGGUUCCCAUCACAUAGAAGAGUUUUUGUAUCUCCAGAAGCUUGUGCAGGGGAGAGUUGACCUGACAGCUAAAUCCCUUGCUACUGCUCAUCAUGUGCAGCUCGAAAUUCUUGUUUCUAUCAAUACAGGCAUUCAGGCCUUUUUGCAUCCGAGUGUCAGUGUUCCACAGGGUCGCCUCAUCGAGGUUUUCUUGUACAAGAGGUGCAGGAACAUCGCUUGUCAAAGUGUUCUUCCUGCAGAUGAAUGUAGCUGUGAGAUAUGUACCAGUAGGAAUGGUUUCUGCAAUCUCUGCAUGUGUGUGAUCUGCAACAAGUUUGAUUUUGAGGUUAAUACAUGUCGCUGGAUCGGAUGUGAUACAUGCACACACUGGACUCACACAGAUUGUGCCAUGCGGGUUGGCCAAAUUGGGACAGGUCAGUCUGUUAAGAGUGCUGUUGGCCAUGCUGAGAUGCUUUUCAGGUGCCAAGCAUGCCACAGAACAUCUGAGUUGUUAGGAUGGGUUAAAGAUGUGUUCCAGCAGUGCGCUCCUGGGUGGGACCGAGAGGCCUUGAUGCGGGAACUCGACUUUGUUAGUAAGAUUUUUCACUUAAGUCAGGAUCCUAAAGGAAGGAAAUUAUAUCGGAAGUGUGGUGAACUCGUAGAGAAGUUAAAAGGUGGGAUACCUGAGUCCAUGGCUUGCAGAAUGCUCCUUCUCUUCUUCCAAGAGCUUGAAUUAGAUUCACCAAAGAAUUCUGAAAGCGAUGAAGUUGGGCGUCUGAUUUCUCCACAAGAAGCUUGCAAUAAAAUUGCUGAGGUGGUCCAAGAAGCUGUGAGAAAGAUGGAGAUGGUUGCAGAGGAGAAAAUGCGGAUGUUCAAGCGGGCUCGUCUAGCUCUCGAAGCCUGCGAUCGUGAGGUUGAGGACAAAGCCCGAGAAGUUCAGGAGCUAAAAAUGGAGAGGCAGAGGAAAAAACAGCAGGUGGAGGAACUAGAGAGCAUCAUCAGGCUUAAGCAGGCUGAGGCUGAGAUGUUCCAACUAAAGGCCAAUGAGGCCAAGCAGGAGGCUGAGAGGCUGCAGAGCAUUGCAUCAGCCAAAUCGGAGAAGGCUGAGGACUAUGCUAGUAUGUACUUGAAGCGUCGUCUAGAGGAAGCAGAAGCUGAGAAGCAGUAUCUAUACGAAAAGAUAAAGCUCCAGGAGAGCCAGCGUGCUCCACCGGGGAGCAGCAGUGGCGGAGGUGGCAGCGGUGACCCUGCACAGGCUCAGAUGCUAAACAAAAUCCAGGACUUGUUGAAGAAUGUGUUCAGUGUGCCUCCUAAGAAAGAAGGGCAGCAAUCCAAAUGACCUAUUGCUGAUUGCCUGUGGGGUUCUAGUGGUUCUUAUGCUAUCUAUGUUGUGAUGUACAACCAAGGACUGUUUAGAUUACCAACUGGAUGUUGCUGGAAUAUGGAUACAGUGGCUUAUUUGAACCAAACUCGGUAUUCAUAUAAUAUGGUGAAGUUUGUCUUGUGUUUGUACUAAA